GAAAGCAUAGUUUUUUGGUAUAUAAAUUGCGAGUGCGGCUGACAAAGAGUAUCAGUUCCCUCACUUACCUCACAGAGAUCAGUGGUUUAGCACAGCCAGCACAACUCACUCCAAAUCAUUCAACAACAUGAAACUUUUCGUUGCCGCUUCUUUUGCUCUCUUGGCCUUGGCUUCCGCCGAUGUUAGCCACUUGUCCAAGAGCUACUUGCCUCCUGUGCAGCAAUCGUACUCUUCAGCUGUUGUGCAACAAUCCUACUCGGCUCCUGCUGUGCAACACUCAUACUCGGCUCCCGCUAUACAACAGUCCUACUCAGCUCCCUCCAACGAGUACUUGCCCCCAGUGCAACAGCCAACCUACUCAGCUCCCUCGGUGAGUUACUCUGCUCCCGCUGUACACCAAAGCUACUCUGCUCCCUCAGUUAGCUACUCUGCCCCCGCUGUGCAAACCACCUACUCUGCUCCCACUGUUCAAACCACCUACUCCGCCCCUGCCGUUCAAAGCACCUACUCUGCCCCAGCUGCUCAAUCCUACUCCUCGUACUCAUCCGCUCCAGCUGUCCAACAAUCGUUUGCCGUGCAAGAGCAAUACUCUGCUCCUUCCAACGAAUACUUGCCUCCCGUUCAACAGACCUACUCUGCUCCCACAGUUAGCUACAGUGCCCCAGCUGUUCAGCAAUCCUACUCAGCUCCUGUCUCCUACCAACAACAGACCUUCUCCUCCGGCUCUGCCAGCAGCAGUUACUCUGGUGCUGAUGUCGGCACUCAAUAUGCUGCCAACGGUGGUUAUGUCUACAAGAAGUAAAUGACAGAGCUGUGAUUCGACAUUCAUAUUUUAGUAUUUUUGCUCCAAAUAGCUUCAUUCAUUCGUAAUUGUUAACCCCAUCUAUUGUUAAUUAAAUCAAUUAAUGUUUU